AUUAGGGUAAAAGAUUUGUUUAAUAGUAUUAACUGGUUAUAUUAAACAUGAUCAGACUUUAUUCCUAUAUGUUCUAUUUGAACAUCACAGUUUAUAUUGUAACAUUUUAUUUUAUGUACUUGUUGAUGUCUAACUACAAAGCAAGUUCAGGUAUACACUUUAAAAAGCAAUUACGUGACACCAAUCAAAUACCUGUAUCAAAAUUAAGAUCAAGCACACCCUUGCAAAAUGAAGUGGAACGUGAUUUGAAAGAAAGGAAAAGCAACGAGUUCUGGGUACAGAAUAAUAUUAAAGGCUAUUCAAAGAUUAGAAGCAAUGACAGUAGUACCGAUGAUUUGAUGUAUUCUAUGCCCGUUUUAAAAGAAAGGGAUUUAAACGGGCCAGGUGAAAUGGGAAAAGCUGUUAUAAUAGAUGAGAAGAAUUUAACUACAGAACAGAAGAUUUUAUGGAAAGCCGGUUGGGACAAAAACGCUUUCAAUCAGUAUGUUAGUGAUAUGAUAUCAAUUGAAAGAUCUUUACCAGAUUAUAGAUGGCCAGAAUGUAAGAAUAUAACGUAUGAGAAUCUACCGCAAGUGAGUGUUGUUAUACCGUUUGUUAAUGAAAGUUGGUCAACAUUAUUGAGAACAGUCCACAGCGUAUUAAACAGAUCACCACCACAUCUGUUAAAGGAGGUUGUUCUUUGUGAUGAUGCUUCUUCUAUGGAACACCUUGGCAAGCCUUUAGAUGAUUACGUGGCGUUAUUUGAAAAAGUAUCCGUUCAAAGAUUAAAGAACCGAGGAGGAUUGAUAAAUGCCCGAAUCCUGGGCUUCAACCAUUCUACGGCACCCGUGGUUAUUUUUCUCGAUUCGCAUUGUGAAGUUACAACAGGUUGGCUUGAGCCUUUACUAGACCGAAUCAAGAAUGAUGAUAAAACGAUUGUCACAGCUGUCAUGGAUAUUAUUAAUGCUGAGGACUUUCAUGUCCAAACUUACAAUAUAGAGCAAACUAUACCAGUUGGAGAUCUGGAAUGGACCAUGUUUUUCAAAUGGAAACAAGUUCCUGUGGGCAAACCCAGGAUAAAGCCAGUGAAAAGCGCCACCCUAAUUGGUUGUUUUAUCGGUGUCAGUAGAACAUUUUUUAAAUAUAUCGGGAUGUUUGAUCCAGGUUUCUUCAUUUGGGGUGGUGAAAACUUAGAGCUAUCGUUUAAGGCUUGGAUGUGUGGUGGUUGUGUAGAGACGGUGCCAUGUUCUCAUGUAGGGCAUGUUUACAAAAGUCGACUACCAUAUGCAUGGAAUGGACAACAAGAGGGCUCGGUGAUAGAAAGGAACCUUCUGAGACUAGCAGAGGUGUGGUUAGAUGAUUAUAAAGAAUUCUUUUAUCAGAUUGUAGGGCCUGAACGAGUUUCUGAGAUCAACGCUGGAAAUUUCAGUGACCGGGUGGCUUUAAGACAAAAUCUUGGAUGUAAAAACUUUUCUUGGUACCUACAACAAGCUAUCCCGGACGUAUUCCUUCCGUCGGAAUGCCAUGGAUGGGGACCUAUAAAGAAUCAACUGUAUCCUGAUGUUUGCAUAGAUCAAAAUGAUAAUGAAAGUAACCUGAAAGGCAGUAUUAUCAGAGGCGCGCGAUGUGGCAAGAUGAUGUACCAACAGCAAUGGUAUCACUGUCACAAUCAAACGAUUCGUCGAAAGCGGGCAUGUUGGGUACCUACAGAUAAAAAUACUAGCAUUGCUUUUGAUUUUUGUAAUGUGGAAAAACAAGAUUUCCAAUGGGAGUAUAGAAAUGAUAACACCAUAUACAGUGUCUAUGUCCAGAAAUGUGUUGAAAUGCAGCCAGACCAGAAAACUAUAAAAUUAGCACGAUGUAGUGAUACAACUAACCAGAAAUGGACUUGGAAGCGAGGACCCCCUCCCGGACCUUUACCUGACUGGAAGAAAAAACAUCAACUAUCCAACUGAAAAUUUAAUUUGUCAUCUUCAUCUUUGUUCUUAAAAACAGUUUUAAAAAAAGGGGAUUAUUUCUUUUAAUUCACGCACAUUCCCAAAUUAUUCUUCGUUAGCUACAACAGCGCACUACGACUGUUCAAUUCACUCAGAUUAAAUUGAAAUCAACAAAGACCCGCAGCGUCCGUGGUUGAUACCGUCUGAUUAAAUUACAGAUCUGAUUACGUUCUAGAUAGAAUUAAAUGGGUUUUUUUUACCUCUCGUAAAUAAACGACAUCUUGUAUUUGAGGAAUGAAUCCAGGGCAAGCCCAUUCACUGAUUUACUUACCUGACAACCUAUAGGACAUUGUCAUUCAAACAAUAAUCUUGAAUCUGAUUCGCUGUAAAUCAAACCCGGUAAUCUAUUAUAACAUCUGAAGAGUAAACGGUUAGUUUAUGAAUUGGUGUAUAUCAGAAUGAAGAAGUAAACGUGGUAUAUAUUUAUCUACCGUAAACAUGGGUCAUCAACUAUGUCCGUCUUUCUGCUGAGCAGUUCAUACCAAUGAUUAAAAUAUAGCCAAGCACUGAUAAUACAUUUAUCUUAUUUUAACAAAUAUUAUAACAUCUAAAGAGUAGACGGUUUAUGAAUUGGUGUAUAUCAGAAUGAAGAAAUAAAAUUGUUAUAUAUUUAUCUACUGUAAACGUGGGAUAGUGUCCGUCGUUCUGAAAUGAAAUGAAAUGAAAUGGGGUUUAACGUUCGACUUUUCUGCUCCGACGGCCAGGAGUCAUUCAGUGUGCUAUGAGGAAAAUUUUGCCCGGACAGCGUCACUACGGCCUGGUCUUAUAUCGAAUUCCAACUACCAUGGGAUCUUUUACGUGCAUGCCAAUGUGUACACUGGACCUCGGCAUUUCCUCCAAUCCGAACGACUAAACGUUGUCCCUUUCAGGCCCUUUGUCAUGCACCACUGACAACGCCGGAAAGUCCCGAUGAACUUUCGCUGCCAAUUCAGGGAUCGAGCACGCGACAUCCAGGUUAGCCAGCAUCCUACCCGCUGAGUCACAGCGGCUGCUGCCCAUCGUUCUGCUGAGCAGUUCAAAACAUUGACAAACCAAGCACUGAUAAUACCAACACAAUACUAAAUGAAUUUUACUACCACAACUCUGUAAAAGGAGGAAGACCACCAUUAAAUUUCACCAUCUCGGUUGCAUUUAAUG